AAUACCUUGAACACAUGGAGCCUUCAUGUCUUCAACAAAGUGGUUUACAAUAGCACUCCCCAAAAUUUCGCUGAAGACAUUAAGUCUGGAACUAAAUUUGUUUGAAGAGUAAAUUCGCCAUAAAUACUGCUUCGAGGAUAUAACGCCAAAAUUAUUUUAUCAAAUGAUGUGCUGUUUAACGUUUGUAAAAUUCAUCGAAGACACUAAAUCUGCGAAAUUGGCGGAACGGAAAACGCCAUUUUUCAUUAAUUCCCCUACUUUUGGAAGGUGGUUUUCUCGUUGUAAAUUCCAUAACGUUUUCAUCUCAACUCGACGCAUUCCCAAAGUAAAAACAUUUUCAGCAAAUGUUGGAAGUUAUGCAAUUUUUCGGUGAGCAGUUCUGAUUUUCAUAGACAAUUCCAGUUUCGCUUCCUAUUGAAAAAGGACCCUAAUGCAUAUUAAGUACACCUCUUCAAAACUUAACUAAAUAUACUAGGAAAUUAUGAUUAUGAUUAUGAUUGAUUACAGAACUCUGGAAUGAGUUUCUAUUGGAAUUUUUUAGGCAAGUAUUUGAUAUUGAUGUUAUUAGACAACCGUGAGAUCAAGACCAAUAGAUCAGUUACAGAUCAGGAUCGCAUGCCCACAAUUUUUCAAAGGUCCUCAUGAUGUUCCAAACAUCAGAUUAUCAAUGUACGAAUCAGAUAAUUAUCAUUGUAAUAUUGAAUUAAAUCAAUCAGCAUCAGUAAAUUUUUAACUUCAAUCCAUUUUUUUUGUGAGGGGGCGGGGUUAAACCCCAAAGCAUCCUCCUGGCUAUACCACUACUUGGAGUUAUUCAUUUGGCUUUUCAUUUUCCGAGAGAUGUUUCAGAUCGAUCCGAUGGUUUGGUUAUAAGUCAAAAGGUUCGCGUGAAUAUUUUUUUUUUUGCACCGAUAAGUGAUCAAGUUCCAUCUAGACAACUUGCAGUUGCUCGGUGGUUAUUCUAGCGGUUCUAGAUUGAAAAAUGAAAUACGAAAUUCGUUUUAUCGAAAUAAUAUUUGGCUCAUUAAAAUGUAUUGAACAAUAAAUAGGUAACAAUGGGUAAUCCACAAACAACAAGCCAUAAGUAUAGAAAUAUGUAUUUGAUGUCUUCAGUAAAGUUAUUCGCAAAGUAAGAGCACAGACAAACAGACAUAACACUCAUGAACGCUUUUCUCGUACUCGUAAAAAACGGCGAUUUUGAAUAUUCAGUAGUAGGCCAAUCAUCCGCUCGUAGCGCUAGUACCUCCAUUUUAUGACGUUUACUUUUCCGCAAUUUUGGGUGCACUGCACAUUUCGAUUGACAACAACAAAAAUGGGACGUAAGUGCGAAGUAAUAACAUGUUUCCAAAGAGAAGGAGGCGGAAAAACAUUUUUCUCGUUUCCUAGGGAUAAUGAAAGGUACGUUUUUUCUAUCGUCAACUAUUAUUCUAACAGCAUGCUUAUUUUGACAGAUGCAAGCAGUGGGUGGAUAUUUGCUGUUCCGAAGAGCUGUCCAGAACAUUUGACGCAGGUGGAGUACAAGCUGUGAGUAAACUAAAGAUCUGCGCGGAUCAUUUUAAGGCGAGUGAUAUCAGAAACUCUAUGCAAUCGGCAAGGUAAAACGACAAAAAAUCAGUAAUUAUAUAUCAUACCGUACAUUUUCUGCAGGCUUUCCGUGAAUGCAGUUCCACUUGCUGCAGAAAGCAUUGAUCAAUAUCUCGAUAUAGAGGUAUUGGAACCCGCGUUUCAGGCUGCAAGUGACGAUGCCACUGCAAAUAACUCCAUCGCUACUGGAAUGCAAAAAGAAGUGGAACAUGCUUCAAAGAUUUUAUUAGAAAACGAUGGGAUGGAAGUUAAUCCAGAAAGCGAAACCGGACAUCUUGAAGAACCGGUAACAAAACUGUUACACUUGGAAAUAACACCAGCUCUACAGCGUUGUGUGCUGUCUGGUAACAACUCGAGGCAAAAUGAGAUCUGUUUUGAAUCACUCAAUGACAUUUCGUUGAAUGAUGACACUAAAGGGAAGAAAUUUGAAGUAGACUACAAAAUGUUGUACGAAAACGAGAAGAAAACAUCCGGCCAGCUACAUGCACGAAUAAAAAAACUCAGCUGUGCACUACGUAAUGCUCGACGUGUAAAUCAAUGGCGAUCAAACACCAUAGCUAAGAAGAAAAGACAAAUUUAUAUUUUGCGAAACGAGGUCAAACGUCUCCGUACAGAAAAAUCAACUGAUGCCAAGCUUCUUGAACUGCUGAAGAGUAACACUGUAGUUUAUAAUAGCAUGAUGAAUGAAUUGAAAAAACCUAAAGGACGCAGAUAUAAUGAACAAACUAAAAAGUUUGCCCUCGGAGCUUAUCUCGCAGGUCCAGCAGCUUUUCGUUAUGUCCAAAGCACAGAAGUUUUAAAUUUGCCUAGUAAAAUGUCCAUACGCCGAUGGAACGCGGACGUCAUGAUAGCACCUGGUUUGAAUGAUGCCAUCCUUAAUCGCUUGGCGAAAAAAUGCAAGAAUUUCUCGAAAAAAGAACGAGCCGUGACUAUUUGUAUAGAUGGGAUGUCUAUCAAGCAAGAACUUGUGUAUAAUGCGAAGACAGACACAUUUUUUGGCUUUCCUUCUGAUGGAACCAAGCGAAAAAUUGAAAGGAAUAAACCAAGGGUCCUUGCUACAGAAGCGGUAGUAAUAAUGAUUUCGGGAAUGUGUGCUUUAGAGCAGGAUCGCCUUCAACUCAAUAAGCAGCAUAAAGGUAGUCGAUCAGGUAGAUUCAAACAGGUAAUAUUUAACGUCAAUAUUGUUCAAACUGUUGACUGAAUAUUUUUAAUGUCAUGUAGGCCAUUGGUUAUUUGUUGGCGCAUCAUUCGUUAGGAAGUGAAAAGCAGCUUGAUCUUAUUAAAAAUGCAGUUCGUGCUCUCAAAAGUCGUGGAUUGCGACCUCUGGUAUUAACGAUGGAUCAAUGUACAACGAAUGUUAAAAUGGCAGGUGAAGCUGGAGCUUCUAUGGAGAAACCUAUCAUUACGAUCGAUGGUGAUGAGAUGACGAUUAUCUAUGAUAACCCGCAUUUGAUAAAAAAACGCCAAAAGCAUGCUGAUGAAGCACAAUGCUAUUUUCAACGGAAAGCUUAUUUCAUAUAAUCAUGUCAGAGAUCGGCAAUCAGUUCCGAGACUUGUACCCAAGCUUUCAGACAAAAUUAUUUCGCUUGGACCGUUCAUGGCUAUGAAUGUGGCACAAGCCACCCGCACUUUGAGUAAUUCUGUUGCUAGGGGUUUAGAGUAUUACGUAUUCUCCGGAGACCUGCCAAUUUCAGCUCUGGGGACAGCUUCCUUCGUGGAAUUCCAUGACAAACUUUUUGACACAUUCAAUUCAAAGAUCGCACAAUGUAACUCCAAGGUAUUUUAUAAGCUGAUGCGAAGAUAUUUAUAUAAUAAUUAUGGUUAUUCCAUAGCCCUUUCGUAGCGCCAUAACAGAGAACUCGUGUCAUUGGCAGUUCCUAACAGAAGCAAAGAGGCUACUCAGCAGUAUGUAUUACAUGCCAAAAACUUGUUAUAAUCCCAAAGAGGUAUUAUCUUAAUCAUUUAAAAUCGCAUAAUAUAUUCCACUUCUAAUUAAAAACUAGUGAACAUAUAUAAAUACAUUUUUAACAUUCAUAUAAUUUUAGGCUGCACAAAACGCAAAAUUGCUAACUGUUAAACAAAGGAAACCAAACUAUCUUUCUGGAUUUAUAGGAAAUAUUACCGGAAUUCACUGGUUAUGGAACGAACUGAAAUCAAAUUUUUCCUUUGAUUAUUUGUGUACAAACUUUUUAAGCCAGGAUAUCAUUGAAAAUUUAUUUUCUGAAAUUAGACGACGCUGUGGGCGUAAUGAAGCGCCUAAUGCAUAUCAGUUUGGAUCUGCAUUCAAGUAUGCGGCAAUUUCUGCAAACGAGAAACUGUCAGUGGGCACUAAUUGCGAGAACGAUGAGGCACAAUUGCUAAUUGAAGAGGACGAUUUCAUCGACGAAGAGUAUUUAAACGAUGUGGAAAAUGAACACCAUUUUAGCUAUAAACAUUCGCCUUUGGAUUUUACUAGCCCAAAAUCAUAUACUAUAAAAGACUUAAACGGCCUGAUGUAUAUAGUAGGCGCAGCUGUAGCCAAACUUCCACACAAAAGAUGUAAAAGGAGCCUAACAGUCGAACUCAAUGCAGUAGAUGUAGAUAGUCGAUUAUACGACUUUUGUAAAAUGAAAAAUUCUCCAACUUAUCCAUCCACCAAAUUGUUUGAAAUAGGCCUACUUUGUUUCACCGCUUACAAGCAAAAAUUCGUGAAAUUUCUAUACCAAAACAGAAGAAAUGUGAAGAGAAGACUAAUCG